UAAGGCGUUAGUUUCUCAAACCUAGAUCUUUGACAACCAUGCCACACUUUCACACGUUAAUCUGAAAGUCGCCAGCUUUUCUGAAGCCUUACGGUGAUGCAAAGCCCGGCCACAUGCGUGUCAUCAUCGCGGCACGCCGCUAGAGAGCCAGCCAGCGCGUUGGGCAACCGUGCGCUCGGUCUCCCGUGAGAAAAAAGAAACGCCUUAGACUGGACACCACCACAUUCGGAUUACAAACACGCACAAAGAGAAGAAUAGGAAACGCGUCGUCAACACAGAGGUGCUUUGAUCGUGUCAAAACUUCUGCUCUUCAUAUACACAUAUUCGGAUCCGUGCACAGGGUUCUUAGCAGCAAAGUUCUUUACAGAGCCGCUUUGGUCCAUCUCCUCGCUAGAUAAAAACGGCAGUGGAUGCAGAUAUCGCCUCAGGCGCUGCUCGUCUCUCAUCUGGACGUCAAAAUCAGAGACUUCAAGAAGAGCUACCGUCAAUCGGCGUGCCUGUCCUAUACCUGCGGAGCAACGUUCCAUCAUCCUGAAGGGCAGCAGCCUGGGUGCAGACAAUGGAGGCCGCUAACAGGACGAAGUACUGCGAGCUCAUCGAGGACAUGAUGAAUUCUAGGGCCUCCAACUCAUCUGACAGGCUGGUGAGCAUGGGUACGGUGUGGCUGCACGGCAUAGUCUCCACCUUCGGCAUCCUGGAGAACCUGCUCAUCCUGUGGGUCAUCGGCUUCCGUGUACAACGCUCGGUCAUCAGCGUGUGGAUCCUCAACCUGGCCGCGUCCGACCUGCUGGCCACCGCUUCCCUGCCCGCCUUCACCGUCUUCCUGGCCAAGGGCGGCACCUGGACGCUGGGCACCACCUUCUGCAAGAUCCACUCCUCCGUCUUCUUCCUCAACAUGUUUGUCAGCGGCUUCCUGCUGGCCGCCAUCAGCCUGGACCGCGCCCUGGUCUCUCUGUGCCCCGUCUGGGCCCAGAACCACCGGGACGUGGGCCUGGCCACCCGUGUGUGUGGCGUCAUCUGGGCGCUGGCCUUCCUCAACACUGUGCCCUACUACCUGUUCCGGGACACCAUCCAGCGGCGUGACGGGCGGAUCAUGUGCUACUACAACUUCCGGCAGCUCCCCGUCCCCGGGGCGGACGAGGAGGAGAUCUGCCGGAGCCGGCAGGACGUGACGGCGGUCAGCAAGUUCCUGCUGGCCUUCCUGCUCCCCCUGCUGGUGAUCGUGGGGAGCUACGUGGCAGUGAGCAUCAGCAUCUCCCGCCGCGGCCGGCGCCACAGCUUCCGCUUCUUCCGGCUGGUGGUGGCGGUGAUCGUCAGCUUCGUGCUUUGCUGGGCGCCCUAUCACGUGCUGAGCCUGCUGGAGGCGGUGGCGCAGUACCACAGGCCCCUGCGGCAGGGCGUGGCCCGGGCGCUGCCCCCCUUCGUCAGCCUGGCCUUCAUCAACAGCCUGCUGAACCCGCUGCUCUACGUCUUCAGCUGCCCUGACUUCCUGGCCAAGAUCCGGCAGUCGCUGGGGGCGGUGCUGGAGAGCGUGCUGGCGGAGGACCUGGGGGAGCUGGCCCGCCGCCGGAGCACCGCACGCUCCACCACCAGCACCAACGAGCUCCUCCAGCGCCUGCGUAUUGCCCCCGCCCUCAAGAACAACACUCCCGGGCACGAGGAGGAGGCGGAGCACCCCGCCGUCUUCUGAGCGAGACUCUGCCCACUGCACCGGCCGCAUACCUCUGAGGCAACACACCUGUGCACCCCCCAGACACCUACCCUGACAUUCUGUCUCAUUCUGUCACUGAAUAUCUACUCCUCCUAAACCCCCUAUCCUGAGGGACCACCACACUGGCGCUGGAAGAACACCCCCUCCUUGGCCCAUUAUUUUUUUUGCCAUUCUUCCUCUUUGGGAAAUAAAGAAAUGGAAAUAAAAAAAAAAAAAGAAUUAAGAAAGAAAAUAAAAGAAAUAAAGAAAGACAGGAGAGAGCAAGCUCUGAGAAUGAGUGGCACGCCAACCCCUGCAGUGGUCAGUAGUUUAAGACACAGCCCUGGAUUCAGUCUGAGGUACAGCCCUGCAACCAGACCUGAACCCGGAGGGGGCCAAUGAAACGUGGGAAUCAGGCUAGUCUGGGCCUUGGGUCAGGGCCAGCAUUUCUGGACAUCAGGUUUUGAAUGCAUGCCAGUGUAAAAUCUGGGCUAAAAUCUCUUACAAAGCGAAUUAACAUUUUUAAGUCUGUCAAUCAUAUCAUGCUAAAAUGAGGAUUAAUUAAUUUGUUUGUUUAUUUAGACAGGAAGAAGGUAUUUGCAGCAAAGUGGCCUCUAAGUGCCUCGAUCAGUGGAGCACAGGAAGGAAGCCAUCCCCGAUAGAUGAUGACAGUUGUUCUUCUUUGCUGUUGAUGAAACAGUUGUGGUUUGAGGCCUCAGGGUUCAGGUCCCAGGAUGGUGUGAGACACAACACAAAUUGCUGAGGCUAUACAGUGGAAGAGACCCCACCUCCCCCCCAAAGACAAAAGAGAGUGACAAAGAGGAUGUGGCAUCAAUCGUACCAUUACAACACUCUCCCUUCUGUAAAUAACACAUCCAGGAUGUGUAGCACAUGGCAGGGACACAGACUCCCUUACAUUAGCCAAUGAGGGCAAGGCCUGUGUCACGCUGUGAGCUCCUUUGC